AUGGCCAGGAUGUAUGCGGUUGACACAUCCUGUCUGUUAUCCCUUGCUGCGACUCUCCACAAUAAAUGCCCGGAAUUAUAUUCCGUUAGCUUUGAAUCGGAGAUUCGCCGGUAUAGAAACCCGGAUUGGAAUAUGGCUAUGAUCCGAUCACGCCCAACUUCCAUAACACUCUCAGACAAGGAGGUCAACUCCUGUUCCCAGAGGAUUCUGCUUUCUCGAAUACUCGAAAGGGGCAGGUCUCCGUUGGUAUCGCCAACUCCUCGACGAGUCCAGUCCUCAUCUGAAGGGCCAGCCUCCACUCAUUCCUAUCUUGUUCCUGACUCCAGCAGCUUCGAGGAAUUUGUGGAUUGUGGUUCUGGUGAUUGCGGCAGCUCGCCAGUUGUCAGCACCGGUAAACAUAAACGGGAGAUUUCGUCCCCGGGGCCAAAUGCAGAAACACCACCACCUCCUCCUCCUCCACCUCCUCCGUCUCCUCCGUCUCCUUCUCCGCUGGAGUCUCUACCGUCCAGCACUGAUACCAAACUAGCCGAGCAGCUGGAUUCGAUAACACUGAACUUCACAUCAUUUCUUUCACCGUCCACCUGGCUUGGUCCGUUUGCUCUGACCUCUGGAUACGUUGGCGGAUAUAUAUACCCGGAAAAGGGGUUCUUCGUACCGUCAAAGCUCCCCGAGUGCAAUCGAGAAACAGUAGGCUAUCAAAUAAAACCUCACGCUUCUUCAAAAUUAACAGAGCCUCGAGAUCCCAUCAGCACCCUUCUAAGCUCGAUAGACCCAAAUAGAGGACUCUCAAUUCUAGGUUAUUGUCUUCCUAAUUUGAAAUCGUCCAACCCAGCAGCCCGUAUUUCUCCCUGUCCCCAAUCACCUCUAUCUACAUCUCCACAUUCACUUUCUCAGAAUAUCAAUUCAGAAAGUGAAGACCCCGACCACUUUUACCAGAAGUUAGAGGCAGCUCUUCUCGACACAGUGAAAUGA